AACGCCGGUAGCUAGCUAGCUAGGACAACGGUAAUCUGAUUCCAUACAUUAAAACUAGUUAGAUGGAGUUUGCCUUCUCCCUUUCUCUCCCUGAAGUGUAGAACUGGAAAGCUGCAAAAAUGAGUCAUGUGGCUCGUGAUGUUUCUUUGUGCACUACUAGCUCACCAAUUAUGGUAUCACAUUAUACUUGUCACGGCUUUCCUCCUCUUCUGAGGAGGAGUAACAAGGAUCGGACCACUACGCAGCGUGAUCUUCAACAGCAAGCUCCUCUGGCACCCAUGUCAGCUGAGCGUGUCAAUAAUGCCACACAAUGGCUGCCUUAAUAUUCAGAUCAUUGAAGCCAGAGGACUCCUUGGGAAUGAAAAUAGGAAAUGUGAUUUUUAUGUCAAGCUAGCGAUUAUCCCAGACCUCAAUCUCAGUACACAUCGGAAGACCGAAACUGUAUUAGACUGCAAAAAUCCUCUCUUCCUUGAGACCUUUUUGCUGGCUAUUAGUGUGGAGGAUUAUCAGAAGAGACUGCUGGUCACUGUGUGGAAUCGCAACCCAUCCUCCAGGAGGAGUGAGUUCCUGGGCUGCAUGAGUUUUGGAACACACUCGCUCAUAACUUCAUCAAAGGUUAUCAGUGGCUGGUAUUAUCUCCUGGGCGAAGAGCUGGGGAGAAGCAAGCAUCUGAAAGUGGCUUCGAGACACCUCACAGGCAGGCAGGACUCUGCUGGUGAAUUGAGACGGGCGCAUCUGGCUUCUAAGCCACGGGAAGCUGCCUUGUCCAACCAUGGUGCUCCAGCCUCUGGGACGGUGCUGCCUUCAAGCCCAGAGAAUAUGCUAUGCUUAACAGUGACUAUCCUUCGGGGUAAAGAUGGCUUCGGCUUCACCAUCUGCUCGGACUCACCUGUGCGUGUUCAGGCUGUCGAUCCAGGGAGUCCAGCGCACCAGGCUGGCUUACAGCAGAUGGACACUGUGCUGCAGCUCAAUGGCCAACCAGUGGAGCAAUGGAAGUGUGUUGACCUUGCUCACGCAUUCAGAAACUGCCACAAUGAGAUCACAGUAGUGGUAUGGAGGACCCUACCUAUUAUGAAGCCGUAUUUUGAGGGCCUGAUCCACAGACCGUCUUAUAAGGCCUCUGCCUAUGACACUGUGGUGUCCCCGGCGGGGAAGAAACGAGACAAGACCCCGCCUUUGCUGACCCACCCCACCCAUGGCAGACGGAGUGGACGUAAGCAAGGGCUGGUGUCAGAGGGCGGCCAUGGAUCCUUGUGGAGGGACAAGCGAGAAGACAAGGGAGAGUACUACAAGGGACAGGAGCCAGACUACGGGACUACUAAGAUCAGGACUCGGACCCUCAAAGGCACCCGGGUGACCUCAUCAAAUGGUGACAACUACAUUAUCCUCUCCCCUGUGGACCCGGGAAGCCAGAUCUUGCAUCCCGUUUAUCAAGACCGGAAUGGUACACUUGGUAAGAUUUAUCAAAGUCACCCAGGCGGUGGACUUCAGAAGGGCAAUGGCUUUCUACAGGACACUGCUAGCGGGCUACAGGCCACAGGCUUAUCUUCUCAACGCUCCAUCAUCGGUAAGACGGCUACCAUGCUGCCCCCAUCUGGCUACCAACCCAGCUAUGGCAAUUACCAGAACUGCACCAUUGUCCAGUCUCAUCUGCCCUACUCCAAUUACGGAACCUACGUCACGCUGGCGCCCAAAACCCUCAUCUUCCCCGUCUUUGUUCAGCCCCUGGAACUGUGUAGCGAGCGAACACUUCUUCUCUCAGAGGAGAUGAUCCUGCAUGAGAGCCAGUGCAUGUCUAUCAAGGUGACAUUGCUCAUCUACACAGACCUGAUGCUGCUGACUAGGGAGGAUGAGGCAGGCCACUGUAAUGUGCUGCAGAGCCCCCUGUACCUCCACCAGCUCCGCCUGCGGGAUGUUCCUGCUGAUGUUUUGAGGUUGUACAUCAUCCACUGGACAGAGAGGAGUGAGUGCCUGUUCAGUCUGGAGGCGUACACGGUGGAGCAGAAGAGGCGGGUACAUCUGUGCCUGCGGGAGAACAUUGACAAGCAUCUGGAUCAGAGGGAUACACUUGUAUAUGAUCAGAUGUUGGAACCAAUGGCCGAUGUCCAUUGUGAGCUCGGUAUCCUAAAUCUGGGCCGUCAAGCCACCGAAGAGCCCUCCUCGUAUGGCCCUUCCUCCAAACCCUACAGCAUGAGCAGCCCGCCAGCCAAUAUCCCGAACCUCAUCCCCCUGGUGGUGCGCAGCACAGACGACCUCGGACAGAAGUUGCCCCUCACGCCCCCCCCAUGUACCAUAGAUAAAACCUGCAACAGUAUGAGCCUUGAGAGAACGGGCAUCUGGAAGGUGGAGGGAGACGAGGAGAGGCAGCAGGGUGAGGGAGAGAGCGCCACUGAGACGUCAGAGACAGCGUGUAUGGGUGCGAUACCUCUGUCCCCCUAUCCGUCGUCCUCGCUCACAGUCCCUGACACGCGCUUCCUCGAUCGCUCCUUCAACACAGAACCCAUGGAAGAAGAAGAAGAGGAGGAUGAGGAGGACUGUGACAAAGACGGCCUGGAACGUCGGAGCAUCGGGGAAUGCUCUCCCUUUAGGAAGCGGGGUGAGGGCGUGAGCGGUGGUGACGAGCCUAGGGUCCUCCACAGACGCACGCUUAGCGAGGGCAGUCUGCUGCAGGAGCUGCGCUCGCCACGUUUCAUCUCCGACAGCACCAUCCACCGCCUGGACAGAGGCCACGCUCCCCCACCGGGCGGCUGGAUGCGGCCCUCCCCAAAGACCCUGAAGAAGGAGUUGACAAGGAACGGAGGCUCGGUGCACCAGCUCUACAUGCUCCUCUCAGGGAGGAAGGUAUGCAGUGAAUCUGACUGUAACUGUGAGUUUAAACAUGGCUGCACGAAAAAGAAGAAAUCCAUGAACCUGGCCAAAGACAUGAAAAAUCGCUUGACUUUCUUGAGGAAGAACGAUUUCCAUGGCAGCAACCCAACAAACGGGCUGGAGAAAGUCCUGAAGUCAGUCAAGCCCUCGCCAGAGGAGGCCCUGAAGUGGGGGGAAUGCUUUGAUACACUGCUGGCUCACAAAUAUGGAGUGGCAGUCUUCCAAAGGUUCCUGCAGACAGAGUUCAGUGAGGAGAACUUGGACUUCUGGUUGGCCUGUGAGAAGUACAGGAAAAUCAAAUCCCAGUUCAAAAUGGCCUCCCGAGCAAAACAAAUCUUCUCAGAAUACAUGUCCAUACAGUCCUGUAAAGAGGUGAAUCUGGACUCCUACACCCGAGAAGUCACGAAGGAGAACUUGCAGAGCACCUCGGCAUUGACCUUUGACCUGGCCCAGAACAGGAUCUAUGGCCUCAUGGAGAAGGACCCGUACCCUCGCUUCCUACGCUCGGACCUCUACAGGGACUUGACCAACCAAAAGAGGUUCAACGCCAUGGUGCCAGAUCUGCCCUGAGUUGGAAGAGAGAUUGAGGACAUUGGAUGACUUGGAGCCCUGGUUUGUGUUCAUUAGAGGGAUGGACAUUGGAGAGCUGUGCCCAGGUGACAUUCACGUUGUCUAAAUUGGUUUAGAUUAUGGUUUGGUACUAUUUUUGUCAGUGUUAUAUACUUACCUCAUCUGAUUCUCCAUGGGCAUUUUCCCAACCUGGUUCUGUGGUCAUUGGUUUCUGACGAGUUAAUUUAAAAAAUGUUUUGAACAAAUACAGCUUCCAUAUCCUCAUGGGCCUUCCUGUUUGUGGCAUAGCCCAAACCUUCACUGCCUUCUAUUUCUGUGUGUAACACAGGCAGAUUUCUGACACUAUUCCAAAGACUAGAAGAUGCUAUACACUAUAUCUAGGAGGUGUUCAACAUAGCCAAGAGGCCUUCCAGUGUAUUCAAACUAUUGUGCAAUCAACAAACAUGGUGCAAUGAACCCCCCCCCCCCCCCCCCCCCCCAAAACAUUAUACAAGCAAUCCUAUAUGAUCUUUUAAUAUUUCAGCAUUGGAAGCUCUGCAAUACAAGGUGGUUGCCACUGCUUACAGAAAACCUUCACCAUCAGCAUCCAGAUUGCAAUAUACAGUGCCUUCAGAAACUAUUCACACAACCUUUCUUUCCUCAAUUGAGAUUAAAAUGUAUUUCAUUGUAAUUUUUUUAUCAACGAUUUACACAAUACUCAAACAUAUGUACAAAAAUAUAUAUAGAUAUAAAAGGAAAAUUAAACACUAAUAUAUCUUGAUUAGAUAAGUAUUCAACUGCCUGAGUCAAUACCUGUUAGAAUCACCCUUGGAAGCGAUUACAGCUGUGAGCCUUUCUGGGUAAGUCUCUAAGAGCUAGAUUGUGGAACAUUUGCCAUUCUUUACAAAAGUAGUCAAGCUCUGUCAAAUUGUUUAUUGAUCAUUGCUAGACAACAGAUUUAAGUAGUUUUUAAGUCAAAACUGUAACUCAGCCACUCAGGAACUUUCACAAUCUUCUUGGUAAGCAACUCCAGUGUAGAUUUUGCCUUGUGUUUUUGGUUAUUGUCCUGCUGAAAGGUGAAUUCAUCGUCCAGUGUUUGAUGGAAAGCAGACUGAACCAGGUUUUCCUCUGAAAUUAUGCCUGUGCUUAGCGCAAACUCCCCAGUCCUUAACGAUUACAAGCAUACCCAUAACAUGAAACUUAAAUUUUUCUUUUCACAAUUCCUGACAUUUAAUCCUAGUAAAAAUUCCCUGUCUAAGAUCAGUUAGGAUCACCAC